AUGACUUCUAUCAACAAGUACUUGGCUUUGUACGCCUCCUUCUUUUUUUCAGCAUUGGCUCAAUUGGUGUUCAACCCGGUGAAUAAUUUUCGUCCAAUUUCUGGGGAAGCUCCUUCGCUUCCCCUCAAUAUAGACACACUCUUCAACAAUCGGGGGUUUGGAAAAGUACCCGGCGAUGCUGAUUUCGAUGGUAGCGGCGGCGCCUAUCCUGCCGGAGACUUGCCGCCGUCCAGUUUUAUCUACAAUGGUAUAAACUAUUCGUUUCCUGAAUACGUACCCGUAGGGAACGACAAUGUUGUCGCACUUGGGCAGACUCUCAAUGUUCCCCAGGGGAAGUACUUCAGCCUGCAGAUGCUAGCGGCGUCCGAGUCCGGCAUGGAGGCCGGUUCGGUCAAUGCAAAGUAUGCUGACGGCACAACAAGCACAGGGCAAAUCCUUGUACCGCCAUGGUGGAGUUGGCCGUAUCCUGCCGGAGGAGAUCUGGUGUUUCCGUACCAUCUCAUCAAUGAUGGCAUCGAUUACAACCGUUCUAAUAUCUUUCAGACGAUCAGUUGGUUAGAUUCAUCCAAGGAACUGGUUUCCUUGACGCUGCCUGAUAUUGGAAACACCAUCGGAUCCAGGAUGCAUAUUUUUGCCGCAUCACUGUCUCCUGUAUCCGCAUCGGUUGCUUCUGGUCCACAGCUGGAGGUCCAGUUUGCACGAUCAACUCAAAAAUGGGUUGAUGGGACCGACAAAACUCAAAUUAUCGAAGUGCUCGUGAACAAUGUUGGUUCAGACAUGGUCUUGGCAAACCAUUCAGUCAGCGUCACUGUUGACUCUCCGGGACUGCAGACAGUGCAAAAAGGUACUAUAAAAAGACUGCGUGCUGGCGAUCAGGUCACUGUGGAUAUUGGGGUGGUUAAUAAGCCUGGAGUCGAGCCUGGCAGCACUGGUAAUGCGACUAUUCUCGUGUCGGGACACGAUGUCAGAAGUAACGUGUACACGUUUAACGCAACUUACGGUAUUGGCUCCUAUAAACCGACUUACGAAUCGGUGUACUCGCACGAGUCCCCAAAUUGGUACAAUAAUGCCAAGUAUGGCAUCUUUGUUCACUGGGGUGUGUACUCUGUUCCAGGAUGGGGAAACUCGGGUUCCAGGGAGGCAUAUGCUGAGUGGUAUUGGUGGUCUCUCAACCAAGGGACCAGCUCCAACACACAGACAUAUCAGUAUCACCUACAAACUUACGGUCCAAAUGUGGUAUACGACGACUUCAUCCAGAACUUUACGGCGGAUGCUUGGGAUCCUAAGGAAUGGGUAGAUCUUUUCGCCGACGCAGGAGCUAACUAUUUUGUACAAGUCAGCAAACAUCAUGACGGAUAUGCUCUCUUCGAUCUCCCAGCAAACGUAAGCAUGAGAACAUCGGUUGCUCAGUACCCGCAUCGGAACUUGUUGAAGGAGCUUUUUGAUGCUGCCCAGACAUACCAGCCGCAUCUCCAUCGGGCAGCUUACUAUUCAUUGCCAGAGUGGUUCAAUCCGGCUUACGAAAAAUAUGGCUUCGGAAGCUGGCCUGGAGGGAAUGCAACCAAUCCGUUCAACAACAAAACUCUUCCUUAUACUGGUUUUGUUGAGAUUCCUGACUACAUUGACGACGUCAUGCUCCCCCAAAUGAAUGCCCUUGCUGACCUUGGCUCUGAAAUUAUGUGGUGUGAUAUUGGUGGGCCAAAUAAGACUGCCGAGUUCGCGUCAUCUUGGUACAAUCGUGUAGCUGAGCAAAACCGCCAAGUAGUGAUGAAUUCGCGGUGUGGAUUGCCUGGUGACUUUGACACCCCUGAAUACGCACGUUACUCUGGGGUCCAAGUUCGCAAAUGGGAAUCCAAUUUGGGCAUGGAUCCUUUCAGCUACGGCUACAAUCGGGCUACCCCCUUGUCGGAUUACAUGAAUGCUAGCACAAUCGUGACGAGCUUAGUCGAUAUUGUCAGUAAGAAUGGCAAUUUUCUGCUAGAUGUAGGGCCGCAGGCCAAUGGCACAAUCAUCGAAGUCGAACAGCGCAAUCUCCGGGAGGCCGGGGUAUGGAUCAAGUCCCACGCAGAAGCCAUCUUCAACACGACGUACUGGUUUGUGACUCCUCAGGAGGGCCAGGAUAUUCGCUUCACGACAACUCCUAAUGCUUUCUAUGUCUUAAGUCUUGCAAAACCGAAUUCAACCAUGAUCCUGAGCAGUCCGAUUCCAUGGAUUUCAGGAGACAGAGUCACUGUCGUUGGCGGCAAGCGGAACGGUGAAGUAGUACCUAGUCAACAACUGAAGGAUGGAUCUAUACAGUUGAAUAUUUCACAGUCAAUCGCUGAUGCAGAUCAAUACGCCUGGGUAUUCAAGAUCACGUACUGA